GCAGGCAGGCAAAGCAGCUGCAGAGACGGCAGGGAACGCUCGCGACAACGGACACGCUCAUGUCGGGAAAGUCAGAAACGCAACAUUUGCAUAUUCUCUGAUUUGAAGUCCCAACAUUUUCACUUGUAACCUUUUGCUGAUCACGUUGUCUUUGUUUUUACGCCUGCGUGGGAAUAUAUUUUUCAUUCUCUCGACCUGAAAUGACUGCUAGUCGCCUUGUCUAGCCAAUGGUUACUGCGGGGGCUCCUGUCUUGUGGAUUAUCCGUCGUCGCCGAGCCAGUUGCAUGGUCGAGCCCGGAGGAGGCCCCGCUCUGCUGGAUGGAUGUGUGUGAAGCAGCGCCGGACUCCAAGUACUGAUGAAGACGGUGAUAAUGAUGAUGCUCGGGUUUCAUCGGCAGCGGGUCAACUGAUCUUGGAUGUUCGGGCUGUAUAGCCCCCCACACAAACCAUUUCCUCAUACAGCAAACAAUAUAUUCCUUAAAAACUGGACGCCCCUGGAGCAGUUUAUGACGAAUAUCUGCUGGAUUUCAUGUUUAUACCUCAACAUUUUUCUUCUGAAAGAAAGGACUCGUCUCCGCUGCAGCCCCACCCCCACCUUUACACCCCUCAGACCCUGGUAGGAGCGUGAUGAGCGCGCGCUUCCGCUUGCCUGCUGGCAGAUCCUACAAUGUCCGGGCGACGGAGCUGGAGCGAGACAGGCAGCACACACAGGUUGUGUGCAACGUACUGCUGCUGGACAACACCGUCCAGGCGUUCAAAGUCAGCAAGUCGGAUCAUGGCCAGGUGCUGCUGGAUGCUGUCUUUAAGCACCUGGAGCUGACUGAGAGGGACUACUUUGGCCUGCACUUGGCUGAUGACUCCUUAGAUACGCCACGCUGGCUCGACCCCAACAAGCCCAUCAGGAAACAGUUAAAAAGAGGGUCUCCCCAUAACCUGAGCUUCAGAGUCAAAUUCUUUGUGACAGACCCCAAUAAACUUCAGGAAGAAUACACGCGGUACCAAUAUUUUCUUCAGAUCAAGCAGGAUAUAUUUACUGGAAGAUUGCCGUGUCCACACAACACAGCCGCACUGCUGGCGUCCUAUGCUGUUCAAUCUGAGUUGGGGGACUACAGUGAAACGGAGCAUACAGCAGGCUACCUGUCGGAAUACUGCUUCAUUUCCAAUCCUCCGCAAGACUUCCACAAAGAGGUCGCCAAACAUCACCAGCAGCACAGUGGCCUAUCUCCUGCCCAGUCAGAGUUUAAUUAUCUGAACACAGCACGCACGCUGGAGCACUACGGGGUAGAGCUGCACUAUGCAAGGGACCAGAGCAACACAGAGAUUCUUAUUGGGGUGAUGUCUGCCGGCAUUGUGGUUUACAAGAACAGGGUACGGAUGAACUAUUUCCCAUGGUUGAAAAUUGUGAAAAUCUCCUUCAAGUGCAAACAGUUCUUCGUCCAACUAAGAAGAGAAGCAACUGAGACCCGGGAGACGCUACUGGGUUUCAACAUGGUGAACUAUCGGGCCUGUAAAAACCUGUGGAAGGCCUGUGUAGAACACCACACCUUCUUCAGGCUGGAGCGGCCCAUCCCACCACAGAAGAACUUCUUCGCUCACUAUUUUACCCUGGGCUCAAAGUUUAGAUACUGCGGGCGGACGGAGGUGCAGUCUGUGCAGUAUGGAAAGGAGAAAGGCAUCAAGGACAGAGUUUUUGCCAGAUCUCCCAGUAAGCCAUUGGCCAGGAAGUUGCUGGGUGGAACUGACUGGGAGUCGGUCAGCAGGAACAGCCUAUCAGAUGAGAGACUGGAGACCCAGAGCCUGCCCACUCGCUCACCGCCUGGGACGCCCAAUCAGAAUUCGCUGUUUGUACAAGAGGGCACACGACUACGCCCAUCGUCUGUUGGCCACCUGGUCGAUCAUGUGAUCCACGCUUCACCCAGCCUGCCUGUCUUCUCCUCCAAUCACAAGUCGGCGUCGUCCACGCAGGCCAACAGCAUCAGCUUGGACUCCACACCGUCUCCAGAGGGGCUUGACGGCCAACCUCCAGCUCUGCCCCCCAAACAGCUGAGCAGGAAGACCUUGAGCCAGAUCAUCCAGGCCCACUCCCAGCAGAGCCUCCUGGACAACCACCUCAACGAGAUGUACGAUGUUCCCGUCAAUGCUGAUAAGACCACGCUAAAUGGAGUUGUCCCUCAUGAUAAUCUGGUCCUGAUCAAGAUGCGACCUGACGAACACGGACGCUUCGGCUUCAAUGUCAAGGGUGGAGCUGACCAGAAGAUGCCCAUCAUUGUGUCUCGAGUGGCUCCGGGAACAUCAGCCGACCUGUGUGUGCCUCGCCUUAACGAGGGCGACCAGGUGGUCCUGAUUAAUGGACGGGACAUCUCUGACCACACCCAUGACCAGGUGGUCAUGUUCAUCAAAGCCAGCUGUGAGAGCCACUCUGGGGAGCUCAUUCUAUUGGUCAGACCAAACGCCAUUUAUGACGUUGUGGAGGAGAAGGUGGACUCGGAGCCAGAUUUUCAGUACAUCCCCGAGAAGUCCCCUCAGGACCCUGCUCAGCUAGACCAGCAUGCUUUGAGGGACUCCAUGGUCACACUGAAGGAAGGCCUGAGCAGUGGAGCCAUACUGGCACAGUUUGAUCAACUGUACAGGAAGAGGCCGGGAAUGACCAUGCUGUGUGCCAAAUUACCUCAGAACGUUUCCAAAAAUCGCUACAGAGACAUCUCUCCUUAUGAUGCCACGCGGGUCAUUCUUAAAAGCACAGAUGACUACAUCAAUGCAAAUUACAUCAAUAUGGAGAUUCCCGCCUCCAGUCUGAUAAACCGCUACAUAGCAUGCCAGGGCCCCCUGCCCAACACCUGCCCUGACUUCUGGCAAAUGACAUGGGAGCAGGGCUCAUCCAUGGUGGUCAUGCUGACUACGCAGGUCGAGAGGGGGCGGGUCAAGUGUCACCAGUACUGGCCCAAUCCAGACAGCAGCGCCACCUACGGAGACUUUACAGUAACGUGCCACAAUGAAGAGGGCAACUCUGCCUUCCUGGUCCGGGAGAUGACACUCAUGCACACACCGAGUGAGCAGCAGCGAGAGCUUACCCAGAUUCAGUACCUGGCUUGGCCAGACCACGGCGUUCCUGAUGACUCCACUGAUUUCCUGGACUUUGUGGCUCUGGUACGGACAAAACGGGCUGGACAGGACCACCCGAUGGUGGUACACUGCAGCGCGGGGAUUGGUCGGACAGGGGUCCUUAUCACCAUGGAGACGGCACUGUGUCUAAUGGAGUGUGGUCAGCCAGUGUAUCCUCUAGAUAUCGUCAGGACCAUGAGAGACCAGAGGGCCAUGAUGAUACAAACACCUAGCCAGUAUCGCUUUGUAUGUGAGGCCAUCCUGAGAGUCUACGAGGAGGGCCUGGUCAAACCACUCAAGACCGCCAUCUACCAGCAGAGAGGAAAGGUGGACGAAGAGAGGGAGGAGGAGAAGAAAGAGCAGCAGAAGGCAGGAGAGGGAGAAGAAACGACAGUGGCGGAGGAAGGGGAGGCGGCUGUGGUGGAGUUGCUGGAAGGAGGUCUGGACGACGAGGACGACGACGACGAAGAGGUUGAAGUGCUGGAUGUGGGAGAAGUGACGGAAGAGGACGAAGAGGAGGAGGAAGUGGAGGAGCCGAGCGUCGCGAGCGCCACCAGCGUGAACAGCGAGACCAGCGUGAACCCUGACUCUGAUCCCGCUAACCCGUGACAUUUGACCUCCGGGGGUCAUCAGGGGUCACCAGGAGGAGGCCAGGUGGCCGGAGGAGAGAACAAAAGCACUGUUGCACUUUAUGCUGACAAAAAUGGGGGAAAAAAAGACACACAAAUGAACAAACGUGAAAAUGAUGGACAAGCUAGAAUAAAAAAAGAAAUCCAGCUGUGUUGAAUAGGUACCAUUAGGGGAAAUUGUAUGUUCAGGAUGCAGAAAAAAGUAUUCAAAGAAUGCAAAGAUAAAAGUACGAGAGAAUAAAAUGUGGAUGGGGAGUUGCUGUAGUGCCAUAAGUACGAAGGGGAAGGGCUGCCCCCAUGAAGGGUCGCCCUGUCUCCUUCUGAGCGAGUCUGCCAGACGGACCUGCCUUUUUUUAGUGUCCUUUUAGCUGAUAAAAGAGAUAUACCUUAUCUUUUGUUCCUCAGAAAGAGUAUUUAUUGUGUUUUAGUUUGUGUCAAACCCUGUCCACUGAACAAAAAAAGUGUAUGUAUGUUUGUAUGAAUCUAGAACUUCAUGCUUUCCUGAUUAAAUCUUAGAUAGUAAAGUAGUGCGAUUCCUCUUCUUCUAACUAUUUCUUUAAUUUGUUUGCUUUUUUGUGGAAAGGAAAAAAACAGUGAUUUAAUUUAUUGUGCUUGGUUUCUAUCUUAGCUUUCUUGUCUAAGUUUCUGACAGCACAGACUGACAGAUGGACAGCUGAAAGCACUUCGUGUCUCACCCCUUGUUCAGUGCUGUGGCACGUUGGAUUCUUUAUUCUGCUUUGUGCUGUGUUUUUGAGCUUAACAGACACGCACGCUCUGCAGCGGCCAUUGUUUUGGCGCGGUGAAGAACAUAACUGGUUUACAAACCUCAGGGCCUGUGUUGGCUGGGCUCCUCUCUUUCACUUCUGGUGUGGUCACGGCGGCUCUUGUUGCUCUAUCACUACAGACCUCCCGCUGAAAAACAGAAACUUUGACCUUUCAGCGGAGAUCGAUUCAGAACCAAUUCUCCUCACAUUGCUUAAUGUUCAAAAGCACAUUAAGGCAACACGAGAAAACGAAUGCGGUGUUGGAAGGAGAGGCCCCAGUAGACACACGGCCUCACUGAGUUACAAUCUAAGCUAUUUCCCAGCCGUCGUGGCUGAUAAAGCUAAGAAACAAGGCUGAGGUCAGUUCGUUUCUGUCUUCAAUUUCACAUGCAAUCAAUUAAAUAUUUUUACUCAAACCUCCGGCUCACUUGCAACUGACAAAGUGGGCGUCAGGGUCCCUGGUGAAGUGUCCUUGAGCCAGACGCUGACUGCAUGUGACGCUCUGUGGCUUCCCUCCUGAUUGGUUUCCCCCGAGUAGGACAACUUAUAGCAAAUUUUGGAUCAACCCCAAAUGUGUCUUGCUUGCUUUUGCACAGGUUGGUAUGUCAGAAUCCAAAAAAACAAAUCAGACACCAGUGUCAUUUAUUAGUUCUCAAGUAGUUGAAAGCUGAUCCAAAGUUUAUGCAAAAAAAAAAAGAGCUUGCUGAAAGUGAACUGACCUCAACCUUGGUGUGAAUGGUAAAAACAUGACUUUAAAGGCUCCCUCCUCUGACCUCCCCUCAUUUAAUUUUAAGUUUUUAUUUUUAAAUCUCGAGACAUUUGAAUCCUGCAAACUAGAUACACAUUUGAUCAUGGUCAGCAUUAAAUUCAGUGAGACUAGAUUUUCCAAGUAAAUACCCUCAUUAAAUUUUUUUUUCUCAGUGGGGUUCAGAGGUCACUGGAGUCGGGCUUUAAACCAACCUUUGCUUGUCUUUUUGUUUUGUUUUUCUAAAUCUGUCUGCCAGAGAACAGUUGACCGUUCAAAGAAGCAGCACAGACACAUCAUUAAACCAGGACUUUUCCUUUUUUUUUAAAUUAAUCUUUCCAAAUGGUACUUUAUUUUAAGGCACAUGUUGUUUUUAAGCCAAGAUGUGUUCAUGAGUGAUAAGAGACUAAGUGAUGAUUUGUAUUUUUAAUUCACAAAACCCAGCAUCAAGUUGCUUGUUGACUUGAGUGUUUUUUUGUUGUUUUUUUCCAAUCUUUCUUUUUAUCCAAGUACAGGUUAAGCUGCAUUGUACUUUACAUAGCAGUAUAGAAUGAAGUUGUAGUCUCUUCAUAAUCGGAGAGAUUUUUCUUAGCGGCUGCUCUGGUACCUGCUGUCAUUGGCUCCCGCCAUGGAUUCUGCUGGAAAAACCUGUGUGUGUGUGUGUGUGUGUGUGUGUGUGUGUGUGUGUGUGUCAGAUUUGUCUGGAUCUUUCUCUGUACCUCUCCCUUCUCCAUUUCUAACAUACUUUGUUAGCUGUCUGGUCAAAGCCUGCUUGUUCGUUAACUGGAAGGUUGUGCCAUAAAGCCACAAACUUAAUCCAACCUGGUCCCGGAAGUUGUUGUUUUUUUACUCUGAAGAAAUGCAUAUGGAGCCUUCUUGGAGAGAAACUGUUCUAGUCGGUCCUUAGAAGCAGGCUGAAUCCUGUGAAACAUUUCAAACCGUGCUCAUCUCAAACAGCUGCAUCAGUCUUUGUUCCACACGGAGAGGUGGGAUCAAGAAGAGCCUGCUUUCCUCUUUGCUCCAUUUUUUUUUUUUCUUUUUUAUCUCUCCUGAAUUGCGGCCCUCUUCCAAAAUCUGCUUAACUCCUUCUCUCAGGCAACAUCCGUCAUCAUUUCAGCCGUGCCCACGCAACAUCCACAGUCCAUUCUUCUCAUUGUUCUUCCCCAGAUGCCUCUCUUUUGGACCAUUAUACAUGGAUCCCACUCGCUCUGCAUGGCCUCAAGGCGAAUGGCACAUCUGAGCAGAAUACCAAGGGUACAGUGGUGCCGUAUCAGGUUUUCCGUAGAAGGACAAACUGAGGCUAGCCACUGAGCGACUGCCUGAAUAGUUGUUUUAAAAAUUAUUAUUAUUGACAGUUACAGAUGCAUAGCAGACCCUACAUGUAUGUGCUUAUAAUCAAAAGAACAAAAACACCAUUCAACCCCUAGUGGCUUUUGCCACCAAAUCAAAAUUAAUUAACGCUGAAGGCCUCCUAAUAAAGUGGCAUCAAUAACGAGUUCAAAAAAUUAAAAUAAACUUCGGCCCUGCAGUGAAAAGUUAAUAAUUGAUCAACCACGGCUGCCAAGAGUUUCCAUCUGCACAAAACGUCCAGAAAUGAGCUGUCUGUGUUCAGAGUGUUUUGUUGUUGACACAUAAUUGGAUCUGUCUGUGCGUUUAGGGUACUGAUCAAAGGUAGUUUGGAGGGGACAAGACAUGGGGAGGGCUCAGGUUAGUUGUAUUUUUGUAAAGAUGAAAACCGCUCUAGUUGGCUUGGGAAAGGACAGCACUUUGUAGAAGGCUGAGUGACAGGUAGUGCUACUGGGGGGAAAAUAAAAAAAGUGGGAGACAUUAAGCAUUGUUAAAAUCAGUUUUUCUUUUUUUUUGUUGUCAUUUUUAUUUUUGUUUUAAAAAUAAGACCUGUAGGGAACAAGAGAGGAAAAAAAUAAAAGAACUCCUAACUACACAGUGCCACUUGUUAAUUUUGUGUAAAUAAUACUAGACCAUGUAAAUACAAUGUUGUAUAUGAAAAAAAUCUUUAAAAUAAAAGGGAAAAUCAUUUGUGA